AUGGACGGCUCACCGGCGAACCCGAGGCUCCGGAGGUCCGGCGGCACCCCGGCGCCCGCGCCGGUGGCGCCGCCGGGCGGCGGCUCGCCGCAGGGCCGCACGCCCGCCAGGCGCCCGGAGACGUACGAGCUGAGCCCCAGGCCAUGGCGGCGUGCCGCCGCCGCGUGCAGGGGCGCCCUGGAGCUGCCCUUCUGGUUCAGCUGGGGCUUGGUGGUGGUGAUGGCCGCCAUGCUCCCCGCCUUUCUUUUCGGCAAGUACGUGGGGAAGCAGCACAACGGAUCGUCGCCGCAUGAUGCCGAUGCGGACAACCUCAGCUGCGGCGGCAACCAGAGCUGCGGAUCGAUGGGUGCUCUGGCGCGGCUCUCGGAGGAAAGGCUCAGGGACAUCGCCUCCAAUCUGAGGGCGCUGCAGGGUCUGAGCCAGGUGGUGGUCAAGGCGGACGACACUUACGAGGAGGUGUACCACAGGCAGCUGAUCCGGCAAGACCUGGACGACGUGGAGCCAGGGGCGCACGACUGGAACAGUUUCGUCGUUGAGGCCCGAGCGUCCGGCCCAGACUUCCUGGAGGGCAAGGAGUGCCUCAGGGACGCCGUUGCCAACAUGCACAGGCUCAUCAGGAGGGCGCCCGAUUACCUGCGGAGUCUGCUGCACCACCUUCGGGAGGACGACGCCGAGGAGGCCAGCUGGUACCUGGCCAAGGUCGUGAAGCUGGUGGACACGAUCAAGGAGAGCAUGGAGCGGGCGGCCGCGAAGUUCGGCGAGGUCGACAGCAGCGUGGGCGGAAUGGCGAGGGACGCGCUGGAAAACGAGCAGCACCUGCACCAGCGAGCCUCGAAGCUCAUCGGAGAGGCCAGGGCCUUAGCGGAGGGUCGGCCGGCUCGGAGCGGGAGCUGGGGCCGGGAGGCCAACGUGGCUUUGUACGGUUGCCAGUUGGGUAAGACGAUCGCGUCGCUGGAGGACUGCAAGCUGGGGUGCGUUGGCCACGACAGCGGGUCGUGCACCCAGAUCAGCUACUACAAGACGGCGCCCAGGAACAACUGCUACUUCCACUGCGAGUCCGCGACGCGCGGCCCCUACGACGAGGCCGACGUCUUCUCGCUGGAGAAGGCGCCAGACCAGGUUGCCGUGGACAUUCACAGAAGGGAGGAGGUCGGACUCAGAGCCGAGCAGCUGCGAGGGCGAUGGCAACAGGUGCAGGGCCCUCUCGGGGAGGUGACCCGCCUCGUGCGACGCUUCCGGCUCGCCACCAUGGACCUGCGGAAGAGCCUCGAGGACGUCCGCUUCGCCUCCAGCGAUCUGCAGGCCGCGGUCGCCGGCCCCUCGGGGGAUCGCCACCUGCGCCUGCUGGAGCGGCGGGUCGGCGACCUCGUGGACUCCAUCGAGGACUUUGGCGACUCCCUGGCGCCCCUGCGACUCUAG